AUGACGAGCCGUCAUGGACUUGAGCGUCAAAAUGAAUACUUCAUUCCCGGAGAUGGCAUUAGCCGAGAAGUAAUUCAGGCCGACAUCUGCCGUUACCUUGGAAAUGAUGCACUUGUAAGACCUGGAAACCAUAAUGGUCGCCAAGGCUUUUUUAUUCGGGCAUACCGCAACCUCACAUCAGAAAUGAUCACUGAUCUCAAAGCGGACUCCGCUCGGUGGGAGGCCGAUGUGAGAAGCCGCGCUGACCAAGGCUAUCCCCGAGGCAGUUAUAUCCAGGACUACAGCUACUCCCAACCCAACCGGGCCGGUCCCACCUUUGCUCCUUCUAUGCACCCCGAAAUGUCACAGGGACCAGGCCCUUCUCCUCCCACAUCUUAUGCUGCACCACCGCAACAACAGUAUGCGGAUCACCAGUAUCCUCAGGGAGGGUACCCAGCGACCUCUAGCCCGCCAUACACAAGUGCUCCAUCAUAUCCCCCAAACCAUUCAUUUGGGACUGGUCAGAAUCCUUACCCUCCCCAGCAUGUUCCAUACAGUGCUCCAAGCCAACCGCCAGUAACAUCUGAGGUUCAUCCUUCCUAUACUUACGCCACUUCAGGGUAUGGCUUCGAAAAUGGGAGAAGCAAUGCCCCCAGAUAUCCUGGCCCUGGUUAUGAUGCCGAGUCUGAUUAUUCCCCUGUUACUACUGGAAUGGCCUAUCCCACCACUACUGCCCCUGACCCCCGGAUAGGAAUGGAGCCGAGAUACACCCCGGAAUACUCUGAUCGCAGUAGGCCCCAGCCAACACGAGAAAGAGAGGCUCCGCGCCGAGCUCGGUGA